GGGGCAAUCCGCGGCGCGGCCGCGGCGUGGAAGAAAGUCAGCCUACCGAGUGGCUCAUCAGUCCGGCACGGUGCGGUGUCCCGAAUGCACGUUGAACCAUCGAUUUUCCGCCUGUCGUUGCCACGUGAUUCCGCUCCGAUCGCCACGCAAGCUACGCGAACGCGUUCGUUCACCGAUAUCGAGUGGAACCCGCCAGCCGACUCCGGAACACGUCGAUGCAUCUCUCGACCGACAGGUGUACGCGCGGCGUAGUGAGGCAGCGGUCCAUCGCGUCAAUUGAGCAUCUAUAUUUAGAUGAAAUCACGUGUAUAUAGUACGAGUAUUUGAAAAAAUUUCAUCGGAGAGUACGCGUGUAGAUUGUUAAAUAAGAAAGGAGUGCGCGGAGGGAUUAGAAAAUUGUGAAUCCAAGAUUGAUCGGUAUCUGUGCUACAAUACGAAUCGUGGCAACGACCGAGGGAUUUAACAAUACUCACGAAUGGCAGAUGAAUGGGAGUGGCCGGCAUUCCAGCGGAGCGUAAAGAUCACCGCGCUUGUCAUGAAUUAAGACCGAUUCAGAAAAUGGACAUCGCCAAGGGCACAACGGAGGAGUUCGUGACGGUGGUCAGCGUCGGCAGUCAGCCACCGCCUGAGAAUUUUGUGACCGUUUUAUCAAUCGGUAACGGAAAAAAGGACGAUGAGGAAACGUCGACGGGCAAGAGUGCGGCGAACGGGAUGGACGGACAUCUCGAAGAGGAAGUCGAAGUCUUCAGGUUGCCCGGAGAACGGCUAGGUUUCGGCCUCAAAUUCGAAGGCGGAAACAAAACUUCCGAGCGGGUCAGAAGGCUGUUCGUGCAGAGCUGCGCGGAGCAGAGCCCCGCCAGCAGAGCGAAGUGUUCGUGGGGCACCCUGGGCGAAGGAGACGAGGUACUCUCGAUCGACGGUAUACCGGUGACACACAUGACCCGACUGGAUUGCGUGAGGAGGUUGAAAGAAUCGCAACUUGUCAUCAGGCUGAUGGUGAGAUGUCGCGGCGCCCUCAGGCCGGAAGUCGUGAGCGCCGAAAGGAAGAUCGAAAAAAGCAAGGUGCCUCCGGAACUACCCGCGGCGCCCCCACCCGUGCCACCGAGGAAGCUGAGGCACCCCCGUGGAUCCGCGGACGGCGAGGCGAAUCCUAGUCCCGUCAAGAAGUUGUGGAACAGUUCGAAAUCGCAGAACGGAUCGCAGAACGGCUCGCAGCACAGCUCGUCGGCUUCGCAGCAGGUCGGACUGCAGUGCGUGACCAAAGUAAGCUCGUACGAGAGCUGCGAAUCCUCGCCGAGGAGCGUGAACGGAACGUAUCAGGAAAGCCCGAAGGGAUCGCCGAAGGACCGUUCGCCGGAGUUCGCGAAAUUGAAGCAGGAACCGCCUGAAGCAAUGGUUUAUCUGGACGCGCGAUCGCAGUGCGGCUCCACGCAUGGCAGCACGUCCGACGAUACCGGCAGCUCCAUGUCUACCGUGGUCGACAGAUUCUCGACGUCGGAUCGCGUGUCGACGAUUUCCACGACGUCCACGGCAUCGACUGCCGGUUCCGAGCAACAGUUGAACGAAUUCCCGGGCGUUGAUCGGGACGCUUUCGACCGGUCGUCCGAUCGCGACGCGUUGCUGUCGCGAGCGAUCUGCCCGCUCGAGCAUCUCGAGCGAGACUUCUCUCAUCCACCUGAUUACUUGCUUCGUCGUCUCGCUAGUUCCGAGGCGGUGACGCACGUGGAAUCGCGGGGUGAGGUCGAGCGAAUUACGGCGGUUGUCGCGCCGAACACGGUGCUGAUCGAGGAGACGAUUACCCUUCAACCGCCGCUCAGCUUUCAGGACGCCCCGCUGAGUUACGGGCACGAAGCCAGGCCGGAUCUCUUCUACACGGCUGAUUUAGCGGCCGACUCAACGACGCAUUUCAGACCAAUUAAGGAUGACGUAGAGCUCGUGGAGCGCGUCAACGGCAACCACGAGGAGUUCCGCGUUUCCAGCGCGGAGCGGUGCAACGGCGACAGAUCGUCGCCGCCGCCGUUGCCGGCUCGAAAUCAUGUAAAUAGGAUCUGCGUGAAUCAGACGCAGGCGAGCGAAUCCGAAAACAGCACGCGUCCGCGAAUCUCCGCGACGGUGCCCAUCUCGCCCGAGAGAGAAGUGCCGGAAGCUCCCUUAUUACCGCCGAAGCCGUUGCCGAGGAAGGACGUCAAAGCGCGACGAAAAAGGCCACCUCCGCCACCACCGCCGCCGAUUAUCACGCCGCGACGGGACGUUAAACCUUCGCUGUCAAUCGAAUCGAAUUAUGCCAAGAAAGAAAACGAGAAUCUUUCGCAAGCUGAAAGUAAUGAAUACGUUUCGGCAGAAUCGUGUGAUUCGUCACCAAGCAAAAACAGUGCUCUCCACGAAAAGAGUCGAGAAAUCGAAAACUCAGUUUGCUUCAAUAACGACGAAGACAAAACUGUAAGCUCGGAAGAAGACGCGCAAACAAACAAAGUUUUCGAGAUUAUUGAGAUCAGAGUGGCUAAAAGUUUGCAGUCCGAUCAGAAAGAGGAGGCAAAGAACGAGCUGGAUAGCGCGCCGGAAACGGCGAAGUACGAGCAGAAAGAAAUUAAAGAAGAAGCAAAUACUAAAAACAAACAAGAGCAAUCGGCGAGUGAUUCGAAUAGAACGUUAGUGGAGCACCAAAAUACGAAUGUGGAAUCGAUUGAAAAACGCAUUGACGAAUUCAACAAGAAAGGAGAGCGACAUAUUGAUUCGGAAAGUUCUCAUCGAGAUGGAACAGACAAUAUUUUCAAGGAAACAUUUUCAUCAAAUACGAAGGAGACAACGUCAGUCGACAAUUCCGCGCUGCGCGAGAGCGAGGACGACGAAACUUAUCAAUCGCUGGAUGAAGUGAACGACGACAUGAAGAAUCCGGAGAUAAAUCGAAUACUGGAAGAUGAGGAAAUUGUGGAAGAUGAGGAGACAACCGACGAAAGCGACGACGGCGACUAUUAUUGGCAGAGCAAUCUCGCCACCAUCGGCGAAGAGGAAGAAACAACUUCCCUGGAAUACAUGAAUGCCAACACAGAUGUGGACGAUUCCAGCAAACCGACGGUGGAGCCGGAAGAGUCGCCUUCUGCAAUCAAGAAAGAAGUGUUUGUUAAGAACGCUAUGAAUCGGUUAUUGCGACAACAAUUUGCCGUGAAAUUGUUAGGUGAAGGUACCUCGAAUAGCGAAUGA